AUGCCUGAGCUCUUCAAAGUCAAAGAAGCCAUUAAUGGCGCUAAUGGGAUUAGAGGCGAGGCCGGCGAGGCGCGGGCAGCGCUGCGGCCAUGGCGCUCCUCUGAUGGCGGGAGGGCAGCGGCGGCUGCGCUUCAUGGGCGGGGGCGGGAUACCCCAGGUAACCGGGGAGGGCAGCGUGGCGGGAGCGCCCCGGCGGCGGGCAGGGAUGGUGGGGAAGGCCUGCUCGCCCCGGGGGCGAGGGGAGGCGGCGGCCGCCCAGAGAUAGCCCAGGUGAGGAGAAGGCGAAGCGGGGGGCCUGGUCGGGGGCGGGGAGCGCGGGGCGGCGGGAGAGAGGGAGGCGCGGCAGUGGGUCGGGGGAAAAGCGCGGGGGGCUGCGAGGAAGGGAGUGCGACAGCGGGAGGAGGAGAGGAGCGCGGGCCCGGGGGAGGGCAGAGCGCGGCGGGAGGCGGAGGAGAGCGUCAGCUGGAGCGGGGAUAG